AUGAAAAGUGAAAGCAAGUAGGACUUUUCUAGAUACAUUUUUUCGAAAAAAAUUCUAAUCUUUUACUUAUUUUCCGAACCACCGAACCCGAGAGAUCCGGCUCUGCGAUGGAAGCGGUAAGCGUCGGGCCGCCGCCCCGGGAGCGGCGCCGCCUUCUCUUCCACCAGAUCUCCGUCCUCCUCCUCACCUUCUCCGCAUACGCCGCCUUCCACGCCUCCCGCAAGCCCCCCAGCAUCGUCAAGAGCGUCCUUGGCCCCGAGCCGCAGUCCUCAGCCUCCGGCGGCGGCGGAUGGCCGCCCUUCGACGGCCCUCGCGGACCCCAUCGCCUCGGCGAGCUCGACCUCGCGUUCCUCUCCUCCUAUUCCUUCGGGAUGUACCUCGCCGGGCAUGUCGCCGACCGCGUCGACAUCCGCCGCUUCCUGGCCCUCGGGAUGCUUGCCAGCGGCGCCUCCACCUCCGCCUUCGGCGUCGCCUACUGGUGGGGCGUCCACCGCCUGAGCUUUUUCCUCGCCGUCCAGGUGAUCAGCGGGCUCGUCCAGUCCAUUGGCUGGCCGUGCGUUGUCGCUGUCGUCGGAAACUGGUUCGGAAAGUCGCAGAGUCGCGGGCUCAUCAUGGGCGUCUGGAACUCCAACACCUCCGUCGGGAACAUCCUGGGCUCCAUCAUCGCCUCCUCUGUGCUGGAUUUCGGGUGGGGUUGGUCGUUCCUUCUUCCGGGGCUUCUCAUCACCGUUGUCGGAGUCUUUGUCUGGGCGUUCUUGGUCUCUGAUCCAGGAGAUCUAGGGUUUGAAUCUGUUACCAUGGAGAUCGAGAUGAAUGAACCUGGUGUUGUAGAAUUGGAAGAUUUAGAUCAGGCGAUUGGGGAGGAGAUGGGUCUUCUUGAAUCGAAGGAAAUGCAUGAGGCGGAUCCGGUGACAGCAAUUGGAUUCUUGGAGGCAUGGAGGUUGCCCGGUGUGGCACCAUUUGCAUUUUGCCUCUUCUUCUCCAAGCUCGUGGCAUACACAUUCCUUUAUUGGUUGCCAUUCUAUAUUCGCCAUACUGAUGUUGCUGGCAAGCAUGUAUCACAUAAAAAUGCAGGAAUCCUUUCAACAAUUUUUGAUAUUGGAGGUGUACUUGGUGGAGUUUCAGCUGGAUUAAUGUCGGAUAGGCUUGAUGCCCGUGCUUGUACUUCUAUUUUUUUCCUUUUCUUCUCAAUCCCAGCGCUUAUUGCUUACAGAUCAUAUGGAAGCAUAUCAAUGCAACUCAACAUUAGCUUAAUGUUUCUUUCCGGAUAUUUUGUUAAUGGGCCUUACUCGCUGAUAACAACGGCAGUUGCAGCUGAUUUGGGUACUCAAGACGUGAUUAAGGGGAACUCUCGAGCAUUGGCCACUGUUACAGCAAUUAUAGAUGCUACUGGAUCUGUAGGGGCAGCAUUGGGACCUUUGCUUACAGGCUAUAUUUCAACUAGAGGAUGGAACAGUGUAUUUCUGAUGCUAAUCUGUUCAACUUCUCUAGCAAUUACCUUCUUGAUACACCUUGCAAAAGCUGAAGUUAGUAGCAAAAUGUUUGAAAGAAAGUCGACUAUGACAUCAAACAAUCAAACACAGUGAGAUAGGCAUACCACGCAUGUAUUGAGAGCUCUCGUGCUUAAGUGUCACAUUGUUAUUCUUUGUACCAACUGUACUAGUAAUAUAGUUGCUUUUUCUUUAUCCA